AUGGCAUAUGUAGAAUCACUAGACAAGGACAGGGGACACGACAAUGAUCAUGAGCGAUAUAUUCCUCGGUGGCUUUUGUCAACCACAACAGCCAAGAUGCGUCGUAGUCUCAUGGUGAUAAGCGUAGGUUUGAUGGCGAUGAUGUAUGAAGCAAUGGCUGAUGGCGGAUACGGAAGUCGCCGAGGUGGUGGAGCCCAUAGCGGAGGUGGAGGAGGCCAUAGCUUAAAUAGAGGUGGAGGAGGCCACAGCUUAAGUGGAGGUGGAGGAGGCCACAUCGGAGGUGGAUUCAGCGGCGGAAACGGAGGAAUCAGAGGCGGAGCUGAUGCAGUCGCCGGUGGAUUCAGGGGAAAUGGAGGCGCUGCAUUCAAUGGCGGCCACGGAUUUGGUGGAAAUGGAGGCGCUGUAGUUAGCGGCGGAAGCGGAUUUGGAGGAGCUCAUGGUGUAGGAGGAAGUGUCGGAGGUGGAGCUGGAGGAGGAUUUGGAGGUGUAAAUGUUGGUGCUGGCGGUUACAGCACAGGUAAUGGUGGAUUUGGAGGUGGAAAUGGCGGUUUUGGCGCAGCUUCUAGUGGUGUUGGAGGCGGAAAUGGCGGUUUUGGCGGUGGAAAUAGCGGCUUUGUCGCAGGUAAUGGAGGUUUUGGCGGUGGCAACGGCGGAAUUGUUGGAAGCAGUUUGACACUGAAUACCGACUUGAUAGAUAACUUCAAUAAUGCAAAAUUCCAAUCCAAGUUAUAUAAAGUCUACAACAAAUUUCUUAACCUCAAUACACCAACGGUAAUGCAGUCCUUGGCAGAUUAUGGUCUAUGCCCAAGUAUCCUCUCCAAAAAAUGCAUCGCUGAGAAGGUCGUGGAGCAGUUUAUGUGUUACGGAAACCUAGCCAAACGCUUGUUCACCAACAGAAACAUUAGUAGAAAAACAAAUAUCAUGGUCUACCAUGAUAUAGACUUUCUCGCCAGAUCUUACUUAAAAGACCACGCGGACGCCCUUUAG